AUAUAUGGUAUAAUAAAGAGAUUCAAAACAGUCCUUAAAAGACAAUCGGCAAGCGCUAUGCGACAUAAAACGAAGUAUAAUUUACUCACUUGUAGCAGUAAGCGUGUUCUACUGGCUGAUUGCAAAAAAAUUUAAACACACCGAUUCAAUAUCAAUACGCAAAUGAAAAUAGCUGUAGCAAUUUAAUGAGAAAUAAAUAGUCGAUAAAAAAGAAAGAACAAAAACGAUUUGAAUUAUGACAAAACAGAAGAAGGAUCUCAAAGGAUUUCAAGACAUUUCUCUUCCAACUGCGAUAAUUCUGGUGAUCGCCGCUUCUCUGUGUUUUGCAAAUUCAUACGACGGUGAAUUUGUAUUCGACGAUUCUGAAGCCAUAGUGACAAAUGAAGACGUCAAGGAUGCUCCGAUGUACAAAAUAUUUGAGAAUGAUUUCUGGGGGACAAAGUUGUCACACAAACAGAGUCACAAAUCCUAUCGCCCUCUGACGAUACUCACAUUUAGGCUUCAUUAUCUCGUCAGAGGAUAUUUAGAUCCUAGAGACUUUCAUACAGUAAAUGUGAUACUCCACAUUCUGGUUUCUGUUCUCACUUUAUUCCUAUACAACAUAUUGCUCGGUGAGAGUUCUGGAAAUGUAGCUUUCUAUGCUGCGAUGUUGUUUGCUGUGCAUCCUGUUCACGCAGAGGCGGUAGCAGGUAUCGUCGGAAGAGCAGACAUGCUUUGCGCACUGUUCAUGUGGAUAUCAAUUUUGUUAUACCGCAAGUCUAUAUUCGCUGCAGGGUCGUUCACCAAAUGGAUGAACAUGACUCUGAGUAUGUUAUGUAUAAUGACGUCGAUGCUUUGCAAAGAAACUGGGAUAACUGCGAUUGGCAUAUGCUGUGUUUACGAUCUAGUCGUCGUCAAUAAGUUAUUACCAAUCGAUAUGGUGAGGUGUCUGAGACAGAUGUGUUCAGACGAGACAAAAGAGUCUUUGGCAGUAAAUUACAGGGCUCUGGUCGGGCGCAUUAAGACACUAUCGAUAGCCGGAUUUUUCCUGCUCUUACUAAGAUUCAGUAUAAUGGGAUUUUCCCCGCCGCGUUUUCAGCUAGUUGAUAACCCUGCAUCUUUCGUCGAACCAUUACCAAUGCGCGUACUUAACUUCAAUUAUAUAUAUAGCCUGAAUGCAUGGUUACUCCUCUGUCCUGAAUGGCUCUCUUUUGACUGGGCGAUGGGCUGCGUUCCACUAAUUCAUGGUUUGGACGUGAGGAUCCUUGCUGUUUUUGCUUUGUGGAUCGUUCUCGGAUCUUUCUGUUACUAUGUUUCGUCCGAAAAACAUAGCGGACAGUUAAGCCCCACUAUAAUGGGACUAGCUUUACUGAUGAUCCCGUUCCUCCCAGCGACAAACUUGUUUUUCAAGGUGGGUUUCGUUCUUGCGGAAAGGACGCUGUACAUACCUUCGGCAGGUUUCUGCCUGCUAUUUGCGAUCGGUUUUCAGCGUCUGAUAGAGCAAUGCAAUGGCUGUAGCAGAACACUUUUGUCGCUGUAUUUCGUUCUGCUGGCAGUCUUCUUUGCACGUUCCUGGAUCAGAAGCGCCGAGUGGAAAACUGAAAAAACGUUAUUCCGAUCAGCUCUGAACGUCUGUCCGUUAAAUGCAAAGGUUCACUACAAUGUCGCCAAGAAUGCCGCGGACAAGGGCGAUUCGGCUCAUGCAGAAAUUGAGUACAAUGAGGCUCUAAGACUUCAUCCUGAAUAUGCUCAAGCUAUGAAUAAUUUGGGUAAUUUGCUCAAGGAUCGACAGAGAUAUUAUGAAGCGGAAAAACUACUCAGGAGAGCCGUAGAAAUACAAUCGGAUUUCGCGGCGGCUUGGAUGAAUUACGGAAUCGUAUUGGCAGCGUUAAAAAAACCUGAGGAAUCGGAGAAAAGUUAUUUAACUGCUCUUUCUCACAGAUCGAAAUACCCAGAUUGCUAUUACAAUCUUGGGGUCUUGUAUUUGGAACAAAGACAAUAUGACAAGGCCUUGAUGGCCUGGGAAAAUGCGACUAGACAAAAACCAAAUCAUAAACGGGCAUGGACGAACAUGAUUUUAUUGCUGGACGAUUUAGGAUAUGGAGAUAAAGCGUUAUCAGUUGGUAAUAAAGCGUUGAAGUAUCUGCCAGAAGAGGCUUCGAUAUAUUUCAAUAUCGGUAACAUACUUGGUAAGGCGGGCAAGUUCGAGGAAGCAGAGAAGCAAUUUAAUCACGCAAUUUCGCGGGAUUCGUCAAAUCCAAACUUCUACACAAAUUUGGGUGUCCUUUACCACCGAUGGAACAAGCACCGGAAAGCGGAAAGAAUGUACAAAAAAGCCUUAGGAAUAAAUCCCAAUUUGCAAAGCGCAAGAGAUAACUUGAAGAAGCUAAGAAUCGGAUGAUUUUUUUAUUUAUUGAAACGAUGUAUUAGACGUAAAUAAAAGCAAAUUUACGCGA